AUGGACAGCACUGAAAAUUGCGUUUGUUGGCACAGAAAUAGAAACCUACUAAUUUCCACGCUCAUCGUGCUUUUGGUUUCAAGCAUGACCAUAGUGAGAUUCACGGCUCAUAAAGGGAGAAGCAUUCCCAAGUUAGUUGAAGCAGCUCAAGUAAGCAACAACAAUCCCGCAGAGUCUAGAAGGGAGAGCAGAGAAGAAAUGGGUAAGGAUAUGGGUGAGCGGUCAGAUAGGGUCGAGGCUGCCAAACUGCGAGAAGAGGUGCGGCACUUGUGGGCACUAGUUCAGGUCCCGAUUGUCCCACGGGUGCGAAGGCAGAGGAGAAGCCCAUUAAUCUCUGAUGCAAGUCAUGCAACCCACAGUACUACUAUUGCAUACUCCAGAGAUGGCGUCUCCAACUACAAGCCUAUGUGCUGGAAGUGCAAGUGCGGCGACUUCAUUUUCAAUCCUUGAUUGCCCCAUGCAUGCACUUAACGAUAUU